AUGUCUGCUACUCAACCAGCAAAACUAAACGGACGAGAACAUGCAGUCCAGCUUGAUGCCAAAGAUCCUCUGAAAAGCUUUAGGGGAGAGUUUUUAAUUCCAACCAAAAUCGAAUCUGCUUCAAACAGUGACGAUGGCAACAGACCUUGCAUUUAUUUUUGCGGGAACUCGUUAGGACCUCAGCCCAAACGGACUUCCAAACGCAUAGCCUCCCACCUCUCGGCGUGGGCAACGAAAGGGGUGCUCGGUCACUUCACAGAACAUGAAGACUCUGACCUUCCCCCCUUCCUACAUGCCGACGAUGCAGCUGCAAAGCUUAUGGCUCCUCUUGUGGGUGCGAAUACCAGCGAAGUCGCUGUCAUGGAGACGCUGACGGCCAAUCUACACCUUCUGAUGGCAAGCUUUUACCGGCCAAAUCAAGAGAAAUACAAAAUCAUCAUUGAAGGAAAAGCAUUCCCGAGUGAUCAUUAUGCUGUGGAGUCCCAAAUCCGGCAUCACAACUUUGACCCAAAGCAAGCCAUGGUACUCAUUGAACCGGAAGAUCCCACAGCGGCAACUAUAUCCACCACCCAUGUUCUUUCCGUCAUCGACAAGCAUGCUUCCACCACAGCUCUAAUUCUUCUACCUGGCAUUCAAUACUAUACUGGCCAGUACCUCGACAUCAAGGCAAUCACUGCCCACGCCCACAAACACGGUAUAAUCAUAGGUUGGGAUCUUGCUCAUGCAGUGGGAAAUGUAGAUUUGCGGCUGACAGAGUGGGAUGUUGAUUUCGCAGCUUGGUGCAACUACAAAUACGUCAAUUCAGGUCCUGGGGCUAUUGGUGGACUAUUUAUUGUGCGGAUGGUGGGGGGAGACAAGGCAAUGCGAUUUGCCAUGGGUAGCGAUUUCAUUCCGAUUCCUGGCGCCGCUGGGUGGCAGGUCGGUAAUCCCUCGGCUCUUGCUCUCACAGCUGUCAUUGCUUCGCUUGAAAUAUUCGCCCUUACCGACAUGGCCACCAUCCGGGCUAAAUCGAAGACCAUGACUGCGUACCUCGAAGACCUCUUACUGCACCCGCCUUCGGCCAACAGCCACUACAAGAAACACUUGCCUUACCAAAUCAUUACGCCCUCGAAUCAAGAAGAGCGAGGCGCUCAACUAAGCGUCCGUCUAGAGCCAGGGCUACUUGAGGGUGUCAUGAGGUUUCUAGAGGAUGCUGGCGUCAUCGUGGACGAACGUAGGCCGGAUGUGAUCCGCGUUGCCCCAGCGCCGCUCUUCAACACCUUCAAUGAAGUAUGGGACUUUGUCACCAUCUUCACAUCGGCUUGUUCAGAGGCACAAGCGGGUAGGGUCCAUGGCAGUCAAGAAGCUGCAGCUUUAAAAGGGCGAGACCAGACGGGUUGGGCCGAAAUCAAAUAG